UCGAAACGUGACAGACGACCACUUGAGGCGAUUUCUAGUUGUAUUGAUAGUGCCAAGGCACAUGAAGAGUUGAAGCUUGAAGCUUUUAGGUGCGGGGGAGGUCAGAAUACAUUUGAAGCACAGUCGAGAGUGCGCGAAAGAAGGAAAGAAGAGACCAUACGAUUAACGGCAAUUCUAGUGACAAGUGCGUGUGUGUGUUCCAUUUCAUUGUUGUUGUUGUUGCGUUUUUUGUGACUUUUUUUUUGGCUGAAGCGAAUAGCGUGCGAUUUUCCCAAGUGACGAGCGAUAAGAUUAAUUUAAUUAAAAGGCCACAAACAAUCGCCUUCAUCCUCAGUAUAUAUCAGUAUCAGUAACAAUUGUCUUAGCCGGGCCCAGACACAAGCACUGCCACAAAUCACAAGGCAGUGUGUGAAGUGGCGUUAGCUGAAGUGCCGCGAGGGCUCGUGUUGUGGCCGAGCAGAGAGAAAUAACAACAACUAAACGAACUGCCAAAGUGCGCUUACUACAAUACUAUUUAGAGACCACAGACAGUCGAGGCUGCGAUCAUGUAUGUGGCAAACUCAACCGGGGGCCUCAUGCUGCAGACCAUGCUGUAUUUGGCCAAUCACACAAGCCGAGCCGCUGUUAACACACUCAUCGAUCUGCCACCGGCACCCAAAAGUGAUAUUAACGAGGUGAAAUGUUAUGGCGUAUACGGCUGUUUUCCCAUCAACGGACCUUGGACCUCGGGUACACGCUCCAUUAAUGUGCAUCCGCAGAAACCUGCCGAAAUAGAGCCACACUUCACGCUCUAUACCCGUCGAGCCCUCGACGAACCCAAGUACAUUGAUCUCAAUGAUCCGGAUAGCGUUCAGGGGCUGGGCAUCAAUGGGCGCGGCAAGAUAUAUUUCCUGGUGCACGGCUAUCUAGAAUCGGGCGACAUGCAAUGGAUGCUGGAAAUGGGCAAGACGCUGCUGCAUCAUGAGCCGGAGGGCGAGUGCGCCGUUAUCCUGAUCGAUUGGGGCGGCGGUUCGAGUCCGCCUUAUGUGCAGGCCGUGGCUAAUAUACGGCUGGUGGGCUCCAUUACCGCGCAUGUAGUGCACAUGCUCUAUGAGGAACUGGGCUUGCCCAAUCUGAACAAUGUGCACCUCAUUGGCCACUCCCUGGGCGCCCAUUUGUCCGGCUAUGCGGGCUACCAUUUGCAGCAAGACUUUGGUCUGAAGCUGGGCCGCAUUUCUGGUCUGGAUCCUGCGGCACCGCUCUUUACGGAUACCGAUACUAUUGUGCGAUUGGAUCGGUCGGACGCGCAUUUCGUGGACAUCGUCCAUACGGAUGCCAAUCCUUUGAUGAAGGGCGGCUUGGGCAUAUAUCAGCGCAUUGGCCACGUGGAUUUUUAUCCAAAUGGCGGCUUUGACAAUCCCGGCUGUGACAAGAAGUUGCAGGAUGUGAUGAAGAAUCAUCGGAAGGCGACACUCUUCUCAACGGUGCAGGAGUUUUUGGGCUGUAACCAUAUUCGCAGCUAUCAGUACUUUACGGAGAGCAUCGAGUCCAAGUGCCCCUUCAUGGGCAUCAGCUGCGAUUCCUUCGACAGCUUCAAGGAGAUAAAGUGCUCCAGUUGCCAUGAGCCAGGACGUCUGUGCAUGCGCAUGGGCUUCCACAGUCAUGCGGACUAUAAGCACCUGGUGGCGAGGAACCAGAUCAAGCCGCACUCGCACUCAACACCCCCCGUGCUGUACUUGAUGACCGGGGAGCGCAAGCCCUUCUGUCGCCUUCACUACAAAAUCACGGUGCGCGUGUCGAGUCACGAGGAGAGCGCCCACCAUGGCGGAGAGAUUGGAACGCUAUCCAUACGGCUGCACGAUGCGCACAGCAAGAAGACAACGGAGCGAAUGAAGUUCUCGCCAAAGCCGAUGUACUUUGAGCCCGGAUUCGAGUAUACGUCGCUGGUGCCAGGCAAAGACUUGCGCGAUCCCGGGUACGCGACCGUCUUUUGGGAAUAUCAGACCAACUUCCUGAAUCCGCUGACGUGGCGCAUCUUGUCCUCGCCCCGCAUUUAUCUCGAGUACAUACUGAUCGAGUCCUUGGAGUCGGAUGAGACGUACUUGAAGCUGUGUCCGCUGCGCGAGAGCGCCAUUUUGUCGGGAACGGAGAAUGUCCUGCACACACGCUAUUGCAAGGACAAGGACUAGGAUGUGGAUAGCUGGUCCAGAGAGGGGGCGGACGGGUGGAUGCCCCAUUCGCGAACGACAAAUGCAAAUUAGUUAAAUUGUUGUCACAGAAAUGUAUGUGUAUGUAAGUAUUAGGCCGCGUCCAACUAGUUUACAAUCUUCUGUACUGAUCAUAAUUUCCGAAACCAUUUCACGAUCAAUUAAGUAGACAACAUUUCAAGAAUCUUAGAUUCCUUCGUUUCAAAACAAAUAACAAAUUAAUGGCACCAGCUGUGGUGAGAUUGAAUCACUGGCAAGAGUGGUAGGCUCUUAUUUACCUCAGCUCUACAUGGUUGCUGUACGCGCUUAGCUACCACUGCCCAAAUUUCCCUGUGCUGUGUGUCUUUGCUUAGCCAAGCUCCAGACCGGGCACGGGGACAUUUUCAACACUGUUAUUGAACAUUUCCCAGUGUUGGCCGGUAUUGUGUCUAAAAAUUGAUUUCUAAUAUAAUGGUAUUUAGUAAAAUGUUAAAAUUGUUUAACUAUCCGACGCUCUAUAUUUAUUUGUAAUUUAUACAAAAACUACUGAUAUACUACUGAACUACUGUAUUAAUAUACAUGUAAAUUUUUUUUUUAUUAUUAUAGUAAACAAAUAUUUAUUGGCUGCUUUAUUUUAUAGCGCAUUUGUACAUAAAAUCAUUAAAAAAAUUAAAGUGUAUAUAAGCUAA